AUGACUUAUCUCAACCUAAUUCAAUGUUUUUCUCUAGUUCUUCUCUUUUUAGCCACGUUAAUUGGCGCCACCACGAGCGAUAUUAGCUGGUGGUGCAACCAGACACCGUACCCUAAACAAUGCAUCGACUUCAUGUCUGCCCAUAGGGGUUCCGUGAAUUUGGUACCACAUCGCAAGUCAGAGUUCGUGAAAAUGGCUGCCCGAGUUGCGGCCGACCGAGCCUAUGUUACGAUGGCUCAUAUCCACGGGCUCGGGUCGAAGUGUCGCAACAAGCGUGAAUUGUCUGCAUGGGCUGAUUGUCUAAAGCUUUAUCAAACUAGUGUCAUCCAAAUCAACUCGACCAUCGACCCCACUAUCAAGAAGACACCAACCGACAUCGAGACGUGGCUUAGCGCUGCGUUGACUAAUAUCGUAACUUGUCGAAACGGGUUCGUUGAGCUUGGGGAAACCGGUAAUAUUCUUCCGCUUGCUAGUGACAAUAAUGUGACUAAGCUUGUAAGCAAUACCCUAGCACUAGCUAAUAACUCGACAGGGAAUCAAACCUCCUCUUCGAGUGGUGACGAAUUUCCAACGUGGGUUACGCCUGGAGAUCGAAAGUUGUUGCAAUCAUCUGCUUCUCCGGUUCCAAAUCUCGUGGUGGCGAAAGAUGGUUCGGGUAAUUUUAAUACCAUUAAGGCUGCUUUGGAUGCGGCGGCAACAAGAAACGGGAAUGGGAGGUUUGUUAUAAGGAUAAAACCGGGGGUUUAUGCCGAGAAUGUUGAUAUAGGAUCGAACUUGAAAAAUAUUAUGCUGCUAGGAGAUAGUCUUAGAACAACUAUAAUCACCGGAAGUAGAAGUGUGGACGGGGGUUUCACCACUUUCAACUCUGCCACCGUUGCUGUUGUAGGAACGGGUUUUAUCGCACAAGGCAUAACAUUCCAAAACACAGCAGGCCCGCAAAACCAUCAGGCAGUGGCGUUGCGAUCAGGAGCCGACCUCUCAGUGUUCUAUCGAUGCUCGUUCGAAGGAUAUCAAGACACCCUAUACGUCCACUCGCAAAGGCAAUUCUACAGAGAAUGUUACAUUUACGGCACGGUUGACUUUAUUUUCGGUAAUGCAGCCGUAGUUUUUCAAAACUGCAUGAUCUACGCUCGAAAACCAUUGGCUCAACAAAAGAACACGGUGACAGCUCAAGGCCGAACCGACCCAAACCAGAACACUGGCAUAUCUAUUCACAAUUCUCGAAUCAUGGCCGCGCCCGACCUAGUGCCUGUGGUUGGUUCAUUUCAAACAUUCUUAGGGCGGCCGUGGAAGCAAUAUUCUAGGACUAUAUUAUUGCAAUGUUUUUUGGACAGUUUGGUCGAUCCAGCUGGAUGGUUGGCAUGGGAUGGAAAUUUUGCAUUGAAUACGUUGGAUUAUGGGGAGUAUAAGAAUUUUGGACCGGGUUCUUCAACAAGUAGACGGGUGAAUUGGGCCGGUUAUGAAGUUAUAACAAAUGUUAGUAAGGCUUCACAGUUUACUGUGGCUAAUUUUAUUGCUGGUCAGUCAUGGCUACCUGCUACUAACGUGCCGUUUACUUCAGGCCUCUAAUUUCUCUCUUUGAUUAUU